CAUCGAUCGAUCAUCACUUUGGUGCCCCCUUCAAAUCGCUCUCCACACGUAGAUUGAUCUCCAUCGAGAGAGCUGCCAUGGCGAAGCUAAUCCUCCUCCUCCUCGCGUUGAUGGUCGCUGCUUGUGAUGUGUGUGCGAUACCCUCGAGAGUCCAGCGUCCUGAUCCUCGAAUCUGCGCGCAGUUGCCCUUGUUGCCCAUUUGUGCUAAUAUUGCCCCGCCUAGCCCUGUCGUUCCUGCUAACCCGCCGCCGCCAACCGGUCCUAGCCUGUUCGUCUUCGGCGACUCCUUCGCCGACAACGGCAACCUCGCCAAGGACGCCACCCAACGUGUCGCCGACAAUGGCCUCAUCCGGCAGUGGUACGUGCCGUAUGGCUCCUCUGCCAAUGACUCCACCCCCUCUGGCCGCUUCUCGAAUGACAAGGUCCAAUCGGACUUCAUCGCGGCGAUGAUGGGUUUCGAGAAGUCGCCGCCGUCGUACGCGUCGACGGGGGCCAAGGGCCACUGCCACCCGACGGGAAUGAACUUCGCGGCGGGCAGCUCCGGCGUGUACGCGGUGCCACGCGGCGCGCCCCAGCUCUCGGACCAGGUCGCCACGUUCGCCGGCCUCGUCCGCUCCGGCGUCAUCUCCAAGGCGCAGCUCGCGGCCGACUCCGUGGCGCUGAUCGCCAUCUCGGGCAAUGACUACGACCGCGUGAGCGUGGCGGCGCCCGCGGGCUUCGGGGACGUGACGGCCUUCAUCAAGAACGUGACCUCGGGCAUCGCGGCCUCAGCAGACCGGCUGAAGAAGCUCGGCGUCGGCAAGGUGCUGACCAACAACCUCCACCCCGUCGGCUGCGCGCCGUCACAGACGAGGGCCAUCGGAUACGGCGCCUGCGACGGCGUCGCAAACGCCGGCGCCCCCGUGCACAACAGGAACCUGGCCCACCUCGUCGGCGACAAGGAGGGCGUCUUCGUCGUCAACCUCCACGCCGCCUUCUCCAGCGUCCUCGGCUCACUAGUGUCGUCCUCCGGGUCAUCGUCGGGCAGUAGUAAUACCAGAGGUGGCCACCACGGGCAGUUCCAGCACAAGCUGACGCCGUGCUGCGAGAGCAACGACCCCAGCGGAUUCUGCGGCGACACCAACGGCGACGACGUGAACCCGGAGCAGCUCUACACGCUGUGUGAGGAUCCGGAGAGGUACUUCUAUUGGGACGAGAUGAAUCCCACGCAGGCUGCCUGGACUGCUGUCAUGGCCUACCUCGAGGAAGACAUCAAGAAUUUCCUGGCUCCGGCUAAUUAAGCAGCGUCAUAGUUUUAGUUUCGGACUUCAAUUCACACUGAUGAUGCCAUAGAGUAGAUAUAGUUCUGUCGGUUAAUUAAUGGAUUAGCAGUUAAUUUGUGUCAGUCGAGGA